CUUCGGAUAGUGCAACUCUUGGAUAAACUGUUAACUUUUAUGACGUUUCUUGAUCUCUACGCGCCAUCAGGUGUAUCAAAUUACAAUUUAAUUAAUUAUUAUUGUUGUCAAUUUUUAUAAUUAGUUUGUUAAUUUUUUUGUUCCAAAUUGAAUCAUUACCUUGUUUUAAAUAAAUAGCUACUUUGCAACAAUACAUAAUGUGUUAUGUUUUGAGUUGGUAAAAUUCUCGUCAACUUUUUAUGUGAAAUGACUAAUUAGCAGUAAAAAAAAGACAACAACGAGUACUUAUGAUUUUAGACAGUAAAAAUGUUGAGUAUGAAAUAAUUGAUAUCACAGAACCUGGUAAAGAAGAUGAUAAAGAAUAUAUGCAGACUAAUGCUAAUCCAAAAGACAGUAAAUAUCCAUUACCUCCUCAAAUAUUUAAUGAAGAAGACUAUUGUGGGGAUUAUGAAGAUUUCGAUUUAGCUAAUGAAAUUGAUGAAUUAGAAAAAUUCCUUAAAAUUAUUCCCCUUGAUGAUUCGGCCGAUGAUAAUAUUGAAGAAAAUAAUAUUGCAAGUAAUAAUGUCAAACACAGUAGAAACUCAUCCAGUCGAGAGGUUUCUAUGGAUAAAGAAGUAAGCGAUGUACAUUCAGGAAGUGAAAUGGAUGAGAGGGAAACUCCAAUAACCGAUGAUAAUGAUAUAGAAAAAUUAAAACCAUCUGGUGUGGAUGACUCAAAUAAAUCAGUAGCAGAAGAUAUGGAUCAAAUAGAUGAAAUUGGAAAUAAUAAUCAGAAAUCAGAUGAUGAAGAACAAGAAGAAUAAAUAAUGAAUUGCCUUGUCGGUAACUUAUUCAAAUAAUAGUUUUAUUUUUCAUAACUUAGGAUUUACAAUCCCGGUGGUAAAUAUUUUCUGUUUUUCCUUAACCUAUUUAAUUACUCUUUACAAUAAAGUGUAAAAAACUUACUGCCACUAAGUAAUAUAUGGGCUCAAUAAAGUUUUAUAAAUUAUUAUUGAAAGUGCAAUGAAGCACGAUGAUGCAAUAUAAAAUCUGUUAGAUGUAACAAAAAAUUUUUGUUAAUUUAAACAAUCGAAUUUCUUUUAAAUUUUAAUCUACCUAAAUAAUUUUAUUUUAAUUUUUUUUAUACUAUAUAUAUUUAUUAUACGUUGAUAAAAUUGAUUUUA